AUGCAACAUGCCUCGAGGACUUCGUACCCGACGUUCUUGUCAUUCUCCGACACCGCGAGCCUACAACUGCGAUGGGCAUGGCGCGGGCUUGUGGACGCUUUUCGCUGGGAUAUAGUCAUCUCAGCUGUCUCAUCGGACCCAGAAAUUCGCGCAAACGUUUAUAAGAGCCUGCUGCUUAACUCCCUCUCACUCAUAUCCAUCUACGUAUUCGACAUCCUGCUUGGCCCACUGGUCGAGAACCAGCAGAAGUGGCUCCAUCGGAAUGUCGGGUGGUUCUACCAGAUUCUGUGGUUGCUACCCGUUGUCGGGGUAUCGUUCUAUCUGAACAGCUCAUGGUGCUCUAUCGUAGCUAAACGGACAUACAUCCUCAGACGCGGUCCUCGUGCAGCCGUUCAACAGCCGAUGACAUACUCUGGAAUGUUGAGGGCCCUCGCCACGUCGGCGUACAGAGGGGUGAUGGUCUUUACAUCCGUGGCCAUCUCGUUCGCUCUGGGAUAUACACCAUACAUCGGUCCCAUGGCAGGAUUUAUAUUCCUGUGCUGGGUAGAUGCAUACUAUUGCUUUGAAUUUGUCUGGAUAGCCAACAACUUUUCGCUGUCUCGCAGAAUCAGGCAUCUGGAAGAACGUUGGGCAUACUACCUGACAUUUGGUCUACCAUCGUCAGCAAUGUGCAUGUGGGGUGGCACGCUCGCCAACGCUGCAUUGUUCGCGCUAGUCUUCCCUUCCUUCAUCAUCAUGGCAAUGCAUGCGCGCCCCGUGCCUUUGGACCCGUACAAUCCCGUAUCGACAAUCGACGCGCAGAAUGAAACAAUACAACAUCCCUCUCCAUUCGUUCCCAUCCGCAUCCCUAUUUUCGCGCCUGUUCUAUUCAUCAAUGACUGGAUAGUGAAAGUUUUGACCGUCGGCGGAGGGCAAACAGUCGGACGAAAUAGAGCCCUGAGCGAUUCGACGACGGAGAAUGCAGAGGAGGGGUCUGGUGCAGCUAUUGAAUUGAAUACUUUGCGAGGAAAGCGCCCUGUGGCACAGCAGCGUAUACAUCUAGGCCGCCGGAAGUUGGAUUAA